AAAUGCGAUUAUUUUCUAACAUCAUGUUUUAUUGUGUUCGAUCUAAAACAUCACGAUGGUGGAAGCAGUUCAUUUAAGUUUCGUGAAAUAUAUAUUACUUUUGGCUGGAUGUUAUCACCCCUCUAAAUAUAAAAAAAAACUAGAUCGUUAUGUGUAUAUUUUUUACAAGUACAUGUUUGAUAUAUAUUUCGUUACUAAUUGCUUGCUACUGGUUCUUGGUAUGUUGCAAAAUAUGGAUUGUACACCUAUAGUUGCAGAAACGUUUAGUUAUGCACUUCUUUUCGGUGUUAUAUAUAUCAUCAACAUACAAGUUAAAUCUCCAAAGGUGAAAAAUAUAUUUGUGGAUAUGGAAAAACAAGAAGUUAAUUAUUUGAAGUUUGGCAAUUCGGACGUUUUAAAGAUAUUAAAAUACUAUGCAAACAUAAAUCAUAGUAUUAAUAAAACAGUUGCUGUAAUGGUUAUAUUUUUCAGUAUAUAUUUUGUAGUCAGUAAAAGAUUUAUUUCUAAUAAGCCACUCUAUUAUCAAUAUUACCCAUUUGAUAGGGAACACUUUGCGGUAUUAGAAUUAAUCUUUCAUGUAAUGUUUUUAUACACUUGUGACAUUUACUUUAUAUUCUCUAAAGCUUCAAUUAUUAUGUUAAUUAUGUAUAUGAUGUUUCGUUUAAAAACUGUUCAGUAUUUUUUGAAAAAUUUAGACCACUUUACAACUGUUACCAAAGAACGUUUUAAAAUAUCCGAAAAUGAUGCCAGAUAUUGUGUGGUAAAGAGUAUUGUUAAGGAUCAUUGUUCAGUAAUAGAUUUCAUUGUCAAUGUAAGAGAAUGUUGCAGUACAUUUAUACUGUUGGACUUUUUUCUGACAUCAAUACAAUUGGGGGCCAUUUUAUUAAAAAUAUAUCCUGGUUUCGAAGGCGAGACAUUUUGGGAGAAAGUCGCCGCAAUAUUGUUUGUCGUUACUGAAAACAGACCCAUGUGGAUCAUGUAUUAUUAUGGGUCUGAACUGAUGUAUGAGAGCGGGAAUAUUUCAACGAUAGCAUAUACGGAAACAUUGUGGUACGAAUAUGACAAAAAAACAAAAGAUGCUCUGUUGCUAUUAAUGCUAAGAAGCCAAAGAAUCUUGUAUUUGAAAAUUGGACCACUCGGUAUUGUUGGUGUAGAAGCUUUCCUACAGCUUUGUAAGGCAACUCUUUCGUAUAUUACUUUUAUGAAAUCGUUUUACUAAGGAGACAAACAAAUCAAUGGAACACAUCUUAAAUUACUUGAAAUAUUUACAUUACACCAGUAUUCAAUGUUAUGUGCACUAAAUGUGAUUUAAACAUUUAUUUUGUUCACUGUAGUAAUUUAAUAACACUUAAUAUAAUUGCAUGCAAAAUUAA